GCGAUCACCGAAAGAAAGGCACUACUGCAGGAUUACUGGACCUGACAUCUUCGGAUUUAUUCACGCCACCUAGUAAGUGAUUUGAUAGCUAUUUUAUUUGGCUUGGAUUAAGAGCUGAUUAGUGAAAACGUUGCGGAUGACACCACUAAUAAAACGUGGUCCGUCUAUCUACAGGUCGUCUGUAUUUCAAGCAAUGACUUUGAACAAGAGCGACAAACUGCGGAGAGGCAGCACGCCUUUCCCCGUCAACAUGAGCCACCUUCACCGGAGGAGCAUGCCGGUGGACGACCGGGACCUGCGCGCCACCACUGUGCAGCCAAACGGACAAAGCGACGAGCUGUCCAAGCUGCUACGCUGCACCUCCCAGAAGGACCAGCACCGGGGAAGCUGCGCGUCCGACUCCUCGGACUCUGUUAUUUCCACCGGAAGCGAAGCCGACUCGCAAGUGCAUAAAGUGGUUCUCCUCGGGGAGCACGGCGUGGGCAAGUCCAGCCUGGCACGCGUCUUUGGUGGAGUUGAGGACGCCGGUCACGACUGCGAUGAAGCAGGAAACAGUUAUGACAGAUGUAUCGUGGUGGAUGAAGAAGAAUCUUCCAUUGUGCUGUAUGACAUCUGGGAACAGGAUAACAGUCAGUGGCUAAAGGAUCAAUGCAUGAGGAUGGGCGACGCCUACAUCAUCGUGUACUCCGUGACGGACAAGUCCAGCUUCGAGAAGGCGUCGGAGCUGCGAAUUCAGCUACGCAGGGCCAGACAGUCUGAAGAUAUUCCCAUCAUCCUCGUGGGCAACAAGAGUGACCUGGUCAGGUCUCGAGAAGUGUCAGUUGAUGAGGGAAGCGCCUGCGCCGUGGUGUUUGACUGCAAGUUCAUCGAGACGUCAGCCUCCCUCCACCACAACGUGCAGGACCUGUUUGAGGGCAUCGUCCGGCAAAUCCGCCUAAGGAAGGACAGCAAAGAGGAGAACGCGCGCCGCAUGGCCAACUGCAGGCGCAGAGAAAGCAUCAGCAAGAAAGCCAAAAGAUUUCUGGGCCGCAUGGUUGCACGCAACAACAAGAAAAUGGCGUUCAGGCAGAAGUCCAAAUCCUGCCAUGACCUCACAGUUCUUUGAGAACCAGAGUGGACAGCAGGACUUUCCUUCGUUUCUUUGGCCUCUGAAGACCCGACGCUGUGUGUUUUUGUUUUUUUUGUAUUAUUUAUUUAAACACUGACUGAAAUGGACUCGUUGAGCUGUACAGAAAUAUAUUUUUGAUUUUCAGACACCACAAAAAGCCAAGUCUUGAUGAAAAGACGACUUGUCAUAUCGUGUUCACACGCAUGAAGCUUUGCAGAUGCAUUUCAUUUUGUCCGCCUUCAAAUGUUGCUGUCACGAUCUGAUAAGCCUGGGUGACAAAUCCACAAACCACACACACACUGCAAAGAUCACCUUUCCCAGUUUACUGGAAGAGAUUGAUGUUUAAAAAAAAAGAAAAAAAAAAAGAUGCUGAAUUCCAGCUCCAUCUCAUUCUGCUGGAGAACAUCACACGUAGUCUGGAGUCGAGUUUACUUGAAGGGCGCUACGCAGGUUCGUGCCUCGGACAAGUGGAGCCCAACUGCAGCACUCAAAUUCAUUCGGUUCAAUUUGUCAAGCAAUACCAGAUAUUUGUCUUGUAGACAUUCAGGUUUUCUUUUCGAUAAUUUUCCAAAUAAAUUUGCAAAGAAA